AGAUGCACCAUGUACUUGGGAAUCCUUUUCUCGGUGUUGGCCUAUCUGCUCUCAGAUGCUGUUCCUGUGAAGAGGCAAGCUUACUUCAAUAGCACUGCAUACCUGCCGUGCCCGUUUACAAAGGCUCAAAACAUAAGCCCGAGUGAGCUCGUAGUAUUUUGGCAGGACCGGAAAAACUCGGUUCUGUACGAACACUAUUUGGGCGCAGAGAAACUUGAUAACGUGAAUGCCAAGUACCUGAGCCGCACAAGCUUUGAUAGGGAUAACCAUGCUCUACGACUUCACAAUGUUCAGAUCAAGGACACGGGCUUGUAUGAUUGUUUUAUACAGCAAAAGACACCCACGGGAUCAAUUAUCCUCCAGCAGUGGGAAACAGAGCUCUCAGUGAUCGCCAACUUCAGUGAACCUGAAAUAGAGGAGGCUCAGAAUGAAACAAGAAACACUGGCAUAAAUUUGACCUGCUCAUCUAAGCAAGGAUACCCGGAACCUACAAAGAUGUAUUUUUUGAUAACUAAUUCAACUAAUGAGUAUGGCGAUAACAUGCAGAUAUCACAAGACAAUGUCACAAAACUGUUCAGUGUCUCCGUCAGCCUAUCUCUUCCAUUCCCGGAUGGGGUGUACAAUAUGACCAUUGUGUGUAUUCUGGAAACGGAGUCAAUGAACAUUUCCUCCAAACCUCACAAUAUGGUUUUUUCGCAGCCCCCCUUUGAUCGAAGGCCUUGGAUCCAGAUUGCAGUUUCCAGUUCACUUCUGUGCUGUCUCUCUCUGCUGACGGUCUACAUAGUGGUCAAAAAGUGUUUGAAGAAGCAGAACCUGCCCUGCAGACCCAGCAGAAAGACUCGUGAGUCCGAGCGGGACAGUGGUGCUGACGAGUCGAUCAACCUGGAGGAAGUUGAACCCCAAUUGCAUCAGCAGUAAGUUCCUUCAAAGAGCAACUCGGCCUCCUAGCCACCUCAGUACUCAACAGAUGGUUCAUGAUCCCCGUGUAGAGCAGCUACAUUGAUGAAAUGCAAGAAGGAAGGCUGGAAUUCUUUCAGCUCAUGACUGGCAGGAAAAGAGGGAAAGCGGCGAUCACAAAACUCUGAGGCUACCUUAGUCUGCAGAUACCCCAGUGGGCAUGGCUUGGCCCUUUCAAAGAAGGACAAAGACCAACUGAUGCUGAAAAGCACGUGGUGUGUCUGUAAGGCAUGGAGCAGUCACCACCCACACUUACAGACUUCAGCGGGUCUGAACAGCAAAACAUUGCUCUUUACAGUUUGCACAAAGGUCCCUGGAGGCCUGAAGCCUGUUUUGCUAGCAGGCUUCAUGCUCGUAAUGUUUCCGUGAAUACAUCUUGACCCAGCCUGUGCAGACUCAGGGUUUAGCUACUUGCUAACGUGUUCUGUACAGAGUGGAUUUCAAUAAAGUUUUCUUGAAAUUUUU